GGGGCAGGGGCUGGGGCUGGCGCGGGCGGCAGGCGCGGACGCCACUGACGGGUAGUUCAGUGCCCGGAGCAGUGACUGGCCCAGUGCCCUGUGCCCAUUUGUUGCUGGAAGGACAGACCGGGCGAGCGGCUGAACAUCCCAUGUCCCCAGGCUGAGAAUGCAGCGCUGGAAGGCGGCAGCCUUGGCCUCAGUGCUGUGCAGCUCCAUGCUGUCCAUCUGGAUGUGUCGAGAGGGCCUGCUCUUCAGCCACCGUCUCAGACCCGCACUAGUCCCCCUGCACCGCCUGCCUCGCACCCUGGACACCCGGAUCACCCGUCUGGCCCAGUACCGUGCACUGCUGCAGGGCGCCCCGGACGCAGUAGAACUUCGCGAGCUGACACCCUGGGCGGGCCGGCCCGCAGGUCCCCGCCGUCGGGCGGGGCCCCGGCGGCGGCGCGCGCGUGCGCGGUCAGGGAUGCGACCAUGCGGGCUGCGUGAGCUGGAGGUACGCGUGAGCGAGCUGGGUCUGGGCUACGCGUCCGACGAGACCGUGCUGUUCCGCUACUGCGCAGGCGCUUGUGAGGCAGCCGCGCGCGUCUACGAUCUGGGACUACUGCGCCUGCGCCAGCGGAGGCGCUUGCGGCGGGAGCGGGUGCGCGCGCAGCCCUGCUGCCGCCCGACGGCCUACGAGGACGAGGUGUCCUUUCUGGACGAGCGCAGCCGCUACCACACAGUGCACGAGCUGUCGGCGCGCGAGUGCGCAUGCGUGUGACCCUACCUCACGGAGCCCGACGAGACGGAGGCCACAGUCCCAGUCCCGACGGCGCCCCGACAGCACUCUUGGUCCCACCUGGGCAGCCCCGCUACUCGCUGCCCAUGCGCAGUGGAUGUCGUCGAGGCCACUGGACUCACGCAAUAACUUUUGAG